UGGGGUUCAGAGUCCCUUCUGGCAGGAAGCACUCACAGGGACGUGCCUGGAGUGGACAAAUCAUGCUGAUUGUGUGGGAGAGAAACCCAGCGCUGCUCCCAAGAUGAAGGCAAAGAGGGAGGCAUCAUCUAAAGAGACAGCCGUUCCUUCACUGUAUCUUCUGCUAUGCCUUUUCAUCUUUUCCUUGGCAGAUGUAGUUGGAGUAAACAUCAGCAGUCCAUCUCCUCUAGUUCGAGGUACACUAGGAGGCUCUGCCCUUCUCUCUGUGACCUAUACCAGCUCCAGCUCCGACCAGCCUGUCAUUAAGUGGCAGCUGAAGAGGGACAAGCCCGUCACUGUGGUUCAGUCGAUCGGCACAGAUAUAAUUGGAAACCUGAGGCCAGAGUACCGUGGCCGAAUCCUCCUGUUUGAAAAUGGAUCCCUGCUCCUGCAUCAGCUACACCUCUCUGAUGAGGGGGCCUACGAGGUGGAGAUCUCCAUCACUGAUGAUACCUUCACUGGUGAGCGAUAUGUGAACCUCACCGUGGAUGUUCCAGUGUCCAGGCCUUCUGUGCACAUGAUGGCUUUAUCUGUGUUGGAGUUGACUGAACACUUUAUACUCAACUGCUCUCACGACAGUGGCACCAAACCCACCUAUAGUUGGAUGAAAGGCGGGAAAUCUUUGACCAAUGACUCACGUCUGCUCCUUUCACAUAACCAAAAGGUGCUGACCAUCUCCCGUGUUGUGAUGUCAGAUGAUGACAUCUACAGCUGCAGGGUGGAGAACCCCAUCAGCAGUAUGAAGAGCCUGCCUGUCAAACUCACUGUCUACAGACGGAGUUCUCUCUAUAUUAUCCUCUCCACGGGAGGCAUUUUCUUACUCAUCACCUUGGUGACAGUGUGUGCCUGUUGGAAACCCUCCAAAAAAAAAAGGGAACAGCUUGCCAGACAGAGCGGACAAAAUGUAGAAAACCAAAGCAAUGGCAAUCACGAGGUUGAUAUCGUGCCUUCAAGAAGUUAUCAUAAUCGUCGGAACCCAGGGGGACUAUAUGUUCUCAAAGAAACAGAUUUCCCUGAGGGAGCAGAUGAAUCUUCCUGUAAUUUUAUCAACCCAACUGAUCCCCUCAGCCCACCUUGUUAUCCCAGUAUUGCACCCCCUUCUGCACACUCUUCAGAUGCUUAUAUGAACUCCGGAAGAAGAUACCCCCGCACUCCUGUCCUUUUUCCUCCAUCAACCCCUCAUCCAACUUUCACUCCACCCCUCUCUUGUCCCCCACACCUGGGCAGCUUAACACGCAAUCCACACCCUCCAAGAGUAAGCCCCUCCCCUCCACAUGCAAGAAGAACUUCCUGCUGAACAGAAAAACAAUAUGCACUGUCACAGAUGAGCAAGUCGGAAACACACGGAGAACACUGAAUGUAAAAUCCUCAGAAUGAUGUCAGAUGUUUUCUUAGUAUGAGUAAGAGUAUAUACUGUAUGUGUGUAUGGGAAAAACUUUUGUAAAUGUUAGUGUUUUAUUCUUUAAAAAAAAACUAGGUGAAUGAAUCUUGUAAAAGUUACAGAUCUCUAGUUGUAAAGACUUAUUUCAUGCAUGACAGUGCUGGAUGGAUUAAUUAUUUUUGUAUACUAAUAGUAAAAUAGUAAAAUGUUGUUUACUUUUAUCAUUCAGAUGUUUUCUGGCCUAUAUUCAACCUUUAAUUUUAACUCAAUACCCUGAAAGAUAUAAAUAGAAAAACACGCAAUUAAAUUGCAGAUAUAAUUUUACAUUAGAGCAACUUGUCAUUGUUUGUUGGGAUUUAAUGAAAAUCCGGGUAAAAUAUAACUGUAUUUAGUG